CAAAAGGUUCUCUUGUGUGUCCCACUAGUGACUUAUCAGGUGUGCUGUUAUUCUGCACUGUUUGGUGUCUGUGUGUACGUGCGCGCGUGUGUGUAGCAGUGUUAAAAAAACUAAAUUAAGUACCAAAUGUAAUCUUAGUCAAGAAGGCGUCUGUUUAGAAGGGAUGAUAAUAUCAACGAAUUUUUAACGAUGUGAUGGCGAUUCCCAGUAGCCUGACGGAGCCGGUGCUAAUGAGGAUUCGUCUAGUGAUUUACGGAGGGCUCAUCUUUUUCAGUUUCUUCACAUUUUCUGGAGUAGCUGUCAUGAUGGAGCAUGAGAAUGGGUGCCCUCUGUACAUGUCAGCCUUACAAGUCUACACCUCGUCAAGCUGUAACUUCACCAUGUUUGUCUCCAUCGUGUUCCAGCUCAUCUAUUGUGUCUUCAGACUCAUCUCAACCGGACUACUGCUCUCUGGGAACUUUAGAUCUGAGCUUUUUCUUUUCAACAAACAAAAUCAACGCUAUCAGGUUCUCUUGGAAAUCAUUUUUACUUUCUUCACAUUGGUGACCGCCUGCUUAUUGUCGUCUGGAGUCAAUCAAUCCUGUUCAGUCAUUGAAUGCACCGGACAAGAUUGGUACGAAUCUUCUAGGACAGCCCAGGCUGGGGCUUGGAUCAGCACUCUUUUGUUCGUUGUUCUUGUCAUUGUGGGCUACACUUAUUUGAAAAGGACAAACAAUCUAUUCUGGCAGACUGAGGCGCCCACGCAGGAUAUCAACGUGACACAAUCCUCUGGGCAACCAUGCCAGGUGCCACCGUCGGUGCCUUACCCUGGUUCGGGCUAUGCUGGUCAGGGGGCACACGUCAACGUUAUGGACUCGCGGGAUGACCAAGUGAACUAUGUCCGACAUGACUCGAGUGGACUAGCCAUGGUGCCACUAGAAGACAAGCCUCCAAGCUAUGAAGAAGCUGUUAAAGGGUAUACAGUGUCUGAGCGGUGAACAACAUUGACUGUGUUUCUUUUACGUUCUGUAUUGACUUUGAGAGAGAGAGAGAUUGACAGAGAGACAAAGAGAGAGAGAGAGAAAGAGAGCGAGAGAGAGAGCGCGCGAGAGAGAGAGAGAAAGAGAAAGAGAGCGAGAGAAAAAAAGGAGGUGAGAGAAGAGCAAGUGAUUCCACGUUAAUUUGGAAGAGUAAGAUAGAAACACAGAAUGAGAGAGAAAAAAAAGAGGGAGAGGGGGAGAAAGGGAAAGAAUGAAAGAAAGAAAGAGAAUGAAAGAAAGAGACAUUGCGAAUCAAAGAGGCAGUUACAAGAAUGUGCAAGUAACCGCCAAAAAAGAAAACAUAGAUCAAUACUUAUGUACAUCUCCAGCUGAUGUACAUGUAUUUGGCCCUCUGUGUGAGCCAGACAUAGGCCUUACAUUAUGUCCUACACCAACAACUGAAACAUCGACACUAUAAAACAAAAAAAUCUACACAAGUUCAAUUCAUCUAGAUUCUAGAAUUAAAUUAAAAACUUUUGACUGCAGACUUAUAUAUCUACGUCUAUGUAUAUCGGUACAUGUAUAGGUCAAUGGUAUGUAAUUAUAUUUGUAAUGGACCAUCUCCUAAUGACAAGAAUAGGUUUAGAAAGCAAAAUGUUUAACUAUGUAAAUGUCUACAUUCGACCAUUGUAGAAAUCUAACAAUGCUCGUUAGUAGUCAAGGAAGCAAUAUGUAGAUCUAUGUCUAAUACGACUAUCCUUAAGCGAUAUGUAGAUCUAUGUCUAAUACGACUAUCCUUAAGCGAUAUGUAGAUCUUAUGUCUAAUACGACUAUCCUUAAGCGAUAUGUAGAUCUAUGUCUAAUACGACUAUCCUUAAGCGAUAUGUAGAUCUUAUGUCUAAUACGACUAUCCUUAAGCGAUAUGUAGAUCUUAUGUCUAAUACGACUAUCCUUAAGCGAUAUGUAGAUCUAUGUCUAAUACGACUAUCCUUAAGCGAUAUGUAGAUCUUAUGUCUAAUACGACUAUCCUUAAGCGAUAUGUAGAUCUAUGUCUAAUACGACUAUCCUUAAGCGAUAUGUAGAUCUAUGUCUAAUACGACUAUCCUUAAGCGAUAUGUAGAUCUUAUGUCUAAUACGACUAUCCUUAAGCGAUAUGUAGAUCUAUGUCUAAUACGACUAUUCUUAAGCGAUAUGUAGAUCUAUGUCUAAUACGACUAUCCUUAAGCGAUAUGUAGAUCUAUGUCUAAUACGACUAUCCUUAAGCGAUAUGUAGAUCUUAUGUCUAAUACGACUAUCCUUAAGCGAUAUGUAGAUCUAUGUCUAAUACGACUAUUCUUAAGCGAUAUGUAGAUCUAUGUCUAAUACGACUAUCCUUAAGCGAUAUGUAGAUCUAUGUCUAAUACGACUAUCCUUAAGCGAUAUGUAGAUCUAUGUCUAAUACGACUAUCCUUAAGCGAGAUGUGAAAAUGUGGAAAAAAUAAAAUGCAGAUCUAGACACAGACGUUCUUGAAAAUAGUUGUGCAAAGGUCAUGGCUACACACAAGGAGUCAAUAAAUAUUGACUUGGCAAGAAGCGAGUUUCGUUAGGAGAAAAGUUGACCCUUGCUGCCACAAAUGAAGGAGUGUUUGGUUGGCCAACUACUUUAUUUUACAUUUUACUAUUAAUUUUAGUUGCAAAUUACAUUUAUUUAUUGCGUAGACUUGCGCAAUGAUUUGUCUGGAGCACAUGUUGGGGGCUAAUUGUUGUUUUAAAUAUUUUGUUUUGUAAUUUAAUUUAUAAUUAAAUUUUAUCAAUUAA